CUGAUCGAAAUGUCCUGUGCGGUUGAAAUUUAUCCCAGUUCCAAAUCUCAUGAUCAUUUCGAAUGACAUCCACCGCGCAUGUGGUGAUUGAUACGAAAAAAUAGUGAUUAAGGGGUUGAAAAAUGUGGGGAGUGUCGAGUAAUUACCUAGAACUGUUUUAUCCUGGGAUGACUGAACACCUGCACCGAGGAUAAUUAAAUCUUGGAUAAUACCUCAAACGAAAUCAGCAGUCAUUAGACACUGGAAACUAAUUGAUGAUUCAGUCGGGAAAUCGUCGAGGUGAGGCAGAUGUGCGUGGAGACACUAUCAACAUAUUCUUGACCAUGAAGAGGUCAUUUUGUCUCGAAUAAUGGUAAUGACACCUUGUCUUCGGCUAAUUGAGAGUUGAGUCACGAUUUUCCCGCGCAUUGAUGAUAAAAUAGCGACCAGUGAGUUUUAAAGUAUUUGAGAAUCAUUAACAUGUGAAGCCCUGCAUAAACCAAUUAUCUGAUAAAGAAAUUUCAUGAAAAAAUUUCACGAAGAAAUUUCACGAAAAAAUUUCACGAAGAAAUUUCAAUGGCAACAAAAUUUCAGGCCUUUGAUACUUCAAGGUAAUUGCAGCUCCUUCACAUCGCACUGUGAUGAUAAUGUGGUGCACCUUCUGGCAAGGAUAGGACAAAGUCUGUUCUACCGGUGGGAGGAAGUUAUGGUGUCUUGUCGAAUGCGAUGCCUGUUGCCGCAGCCCUGGCACUGUGGCACCGAGCCCACAUCUACAAGGCGCUCGUCUGUGUCGUACUUGCAUUGAUAGCAUUGCAGUAUCUACUGAGUGGUGUACUUGACCGUCGCUCCCUCGAGACCAUAUUCACAAUAAACGCCACCAGAUACGGUGAUCACUCCUACAGGAAUCAUCCCCACGGUUUAAUAAUCUACGGACUUGGUACAUCACCAGCGUAUCAAGCAUCUACCCUAAAUAUCACUUCAACAGCACAACUCACGGUCCAGGCAUCCCGGGACAUCAAUAAUGCCACAAGACAGGAUAUGAAUGCAACGAGAGCUAUCUCGUCACCAUCAAAUACCACAGACUUGUCUACACCUCAACGAUGUCCUCUCAUUCCCCCGAAUCUUGUUGGUCCACUGACAGUGACGAAGAAUCCCCCAGAAUUAUCAGUAAUAGAAUCAACACUCACCGAGGUGAAGCAAGGUGGUAGAGGCUGGCCAUCGGACUGCAACUCCAGACACCGUGUUGCAAUAAUAAUUCCAUACCGCGAUCGUCCCCAACACCUCCAGACACUCCUCUACAAUCUGCAUCCAAUGCUGUUGAGACAACAAGUCGAUUACCAGAUAUUCAUCGUCGAGCAAGAAGGUACUGGACAAUUUAAUCGUGCCAUGUUGAUGAACGUCGGCUACGUGGAGGCCCUCAAAGAGAGGGAAUUCGACUGUUUCAUAUUUCACGACGUGGAUCUCCUCCCAGAGAACGACAGGAAUCUCUACACCUGCCCUGAACAGCCCAGACACAUGUCUGUCGCCAUUGACAAAUUCAAGUACAGACUGCCAUACGCAGACCUCUUCGGUGGGGUUUCAGCCAUGUCAAGAGACCAAUUUCGCCAGGUGAAUGGCUUCAGCAAUGUAUUCUGGGGUUGGGGUGGCGAAGACGACGACAUGGCAAAUCGUAUAAAAGCCCGUGGCCUCCACAUCUCGCGUUAUCCAGCGAAUGUUGCCCGAUACAAAAUGCUAUCCCACAGGAGGGAAAAGGCAAAUCCCCGAAGGUAUGAAUUUCUAAAGACUGGAAAGAAGAGAUUUGGAACGGAUGGCCUGAUAAAUUUGGAAUACCAAUUGGUAGACAAAAAGAAACCAAAAUUGUACACUUGGCUUCUGGUGAGGCUUACACCACCUCAGCCAAGCUGAUGGUUACCCUGGAUCGGUUGAACUCUCUGAAGAUCAGAGUACAGCCUAGAGGCACUCGAUACGAUCCACUCAAGGACCUCCAAAGCUAUUUCAUUAUAGAAUCGAGGGGCUAAAUAGGCUGGUCAAUUAAAGAAAAACCGAAGCUAAAUGCGUCUGAAAGUUGUUGUCACGUUGAGAUCUCGAAUCCCUAUUUUUUUAACGUCCCGUACAGUCAGUGAAUUAGUAAUAGAGGAGUUAGAGCCGAUAGAGCUGAAUUAAGAUUUUAAAAAACGUGCCAAAAGAAAAAGAGUAACGAGUGAAAGAAAAGGAAAUGAUCAGUGUCUUAAGUCUUCGUUCAAUAGUGCUGUGGUAAAUCAUUGCAUUCAAUUAAUUUAAUUAAUUGAGUGAAUUACUUUGUCGUAUAUUUUUAGACGAUAAUUUCGUCAAGCUAAUUGCCUCGAGUAAUCGAACGAAUCGAUUGUUUUUUUUUUCACGAGAAUGUUAUUUUUUUGGAUGAAUAUGUUUAUUGUUGUUGUUGUUGUAUACGAGUGAGAUAAAGCUGAAUUCCAGUUUUAUAAUAAAAAAGCAUUUUGCGGAGACGUGUGGCGAAAUAACGAUGGGUGCAAUAACUGCUAGUUCGCAGGAUUAAUAGGGUAGAUUCAGACGAAUAAUGUUGUUGAGUGGGACAGUGUAAAUUUUGUAGAAGGUCGAGUGUAUUUUUUUAACAUUGUAAAUUGAUUUCCGCCGAGAUAUCGCUGUUUCCAUUAUUUGAAUUAUUGUGAAGGUGAAGAGAUACUUAGAGUCAAGUGUUUGAGGAGCUUAAUGUUGAAAACUAUCGAUUGUACAGUUUCAUAUGAGAAAUAAUGCUCCAUUUAUCGCUAUGUAGAAAGCCAGAGAUGUUUAAAUGGCACUCUACAUAUCACGUAUGAUAAUUCUGCGAUUAACUGGAUAUUGACUGUACUCACAUUCAAAAAUUAAUCGUUCGAAUAGUUAUUCUGAAACUUGCAUAUCAUUGGAGAAUAAUGUUCACAGUGUCGACAGCCCAUUAAUCUCAGAAUUAUCUGUUGUACAGAAUGCACCCGAAUUUAUUGAUACUUAAAGGAAAAAAUGACGAAUUAUUGUCUCGAGCCCACUCGAUUGUGGUUGAUUACGGAUAAUUACUCUUCAGAUAGACGAUGUGAAAAGGGAGAACAAUUUGAAGGGAGAAUGGACUGCCUUUAUCCUAGAAUAUCUCGGGAUUGGCUGACUGAAAUUUUAUUUUUCUUUUUUUAUUUUGAAGGCGUCUUUUUACGCCGUAAAAUGAAUCUCGCUCAAUCGAAAUCGUAUGGUUGGGCCAUUAAAUAUUGAGGAUUUAGUACAGUCCAUUUUACCUCGACCUCUCCUGUCGUCUUCUUCGAGUCAUAAUUGAUUGAUAAAGACAAAUAGUGAUUGUGGGAGUAAUUAAAAAAUUAGAUUACUCCACUACGUAUUCAUAAUAGCCUAAAAAUUACCCAAAAUUGUAGAAAUCAAGCAUUGAUGCUGCAGAUUACGAUGCAGAAACUUGAGGAAUUCCUAAGAUUUCGAUAUGUACGAGAAUUAAUAAAUCAGCAUAAUUAUGAAAAUUA